AUGGUCCGCUUCCUCAGCGAUAACCGCAUAGCCCCAACGCCCACUUCCAACCCGGAACAAAAACAAGACCUCCUCGUAAUCGGCGCUGGGCUUCCCCGCACAGCAACAUCCUCCCUCCAAGCCGCCCUAGAAGAACUAAACCUAACCCCAUGUCUCCACAUGGCCCAAAUAAUCCCCCAUACAUCUCGCCAAGAACUCCUCAUCGCAGCUACACAUACUAAAGAUACCGCAACACGCCAAAAACAAAUACAAACCCUGAUCGCCGGCUACGCCGCGGUGUGCGAUAUGCCAGCUAUAUUCUUCCUCUCUGAUCUAAUGGACAUGUACCCGGAUGCACGGGUGAUCCUGACAACGCGUCCUAAUGCGGAGACAUGGGCAGAGAGUUGUCGCGAGAGUCUUGGAUUCUUUUUUACGAGGUGGUUUGCUGUUCUGGGGGUGCUUUGGGGCACGGAGAGACUGUGGUUUAAGCUUAAUAUGAGGAUUUUGGAGUGGUGUAGGGAAAAGUUUGGGGCUGGGGAGGAUAUAUUUUCUGCGGGGUUCUAUGAGAGGUAUAAUGAGUUUGCCCGGGGGGUUGUUAGGGAGCGUGGUGGGCAGGUUUUGGAGUUUAAGGCUGAGGAUGGGUGGGGGCCGCUUUGUGAUUUUCUGGGCAGGGAGGUUCCGGGUUUUGAAGGGGGUUGUUAG